AUGACAUUGGUCUCUUUUACUUUUGAUACUGGAGGGGCGGUGGCCUCAUGGUUAGUUGGCUUGUCUCCGGAUCAAGCGAUCAGGGAUUUUUCAAAAGCAGAUGAAGCAUACAUUUUACUCAAGAUUUCAUGUCUUCUUUUUUUUUCCGAAUUGCCUCUAGGAUCCUGGCAUGAACGAAGUCGACCAGAUCGUGAUAACUACGUAGAAAUUAUUUCGGAUAACAUCAAAGAUGACCAGAAACUCAACUUUAGAAAAUACAGCCACGGACCUAUCGACAGUCUUGGCGUUCCAUACGACUAUGGAUCCAUAAUGCAUUACGGCAAGCGUGACUUUGCUAAGUGGCCAUGGCAAUCUACCAUCAAAUCCAAGAACGGCGCAUCCAUUGGUCAGCGGAAACAUCUCAGUGCCCUGGACGUCAAGCAAAUGAACUUGUUUUAUGAAUGUAAUAAGAAAUAAACGUUCUAAAAGAUUAAAACACAACAACAACAACAACAACAACAACGUGUGUAUUAUUAUGAUAUUCUUUUCUAUUCUGAAAAAAGAUGUGCCACGUUCUCAGAAAUUUAUUGAAAUUUACUUUACCACUAGUGCGCCUAUAACACAUCGAACGAAAACAUCUUUUUAUCUGUCCGUAAAAUAAACUGUUAUGGAAUAACUAUAUCUUCAGCAUCGAUGGCAAACCUAUUUUCAACGCAUGCUCUUCUCAAAACGCCUCGUAUCUCUUUCUAAUUUCUUAACAAACACUGUUGGCCUCGAGCCGUGGGCCGUUUUCAAGGCGGAAGGGCAAAAUGCUCAUGAUUAUUCAACUCCAAAUAUGAUGCUGAUUCUUCAGUUGACACUCCGCCGGAAUACUAACCUCAGUCAACUACACUCUUUACUUUAAAGAUGAUACUCUUCUUUUUGACACAAGGCACCUCAUCGAAAUUGUAUUGGAAACUUACAGAAAUUAUCCAGACCACCACAAAUGUUCAUGGUAAAAUUUAGAGGAUAUCGUAUAAUCAGAAACCUCACAAUUACAAUUUAGAAAGAACAGACCUUCUACGGGCUCUAACAGGUGAAGUAAAUACGUCUUCCAUAUUGCAUUUAUAUCGUUAAAUAGUAAUUUUAGCAAGGACAACCUUACGGAUUUGACCACGCAGUCCAAAUCUAUUAUUUUAGACCACCUUUCUCAUAAUCGUUUAAUUUGUAGCCUAAAAGCGGAGCUCCCGAUUACAAUAAAUUAUCCUGGCUUG